AUGAACGAUAAUUCAUGGAUAAGAUUGUUUGCAAAUUCAUCAAAAUUCUCCAAAUUCUCAAGACACACAAACUCCAAGUCAUCAUCAUCAAGAACCACCAAACAUUCAACUUCCAACAAUGAGUUUCUCAACUCAGUCCAACUUAGCUUAGACCACGCUCUCUUAGCUCACUCUCUCGCCUUAAGCCUCACGCUCUCUCACCAUACAGCUCAACAAGCCAUCCUCGAUCCUGUCAACGACUGUCUUGAGCUGCUAGACGAUACAAUCGACAUGCUAUCUCGCAUCGUCACAAAACCUAAAGAUCACGUCAAUGAUGACGUUCAUACGUGGCUAAGCGCGGCGUUGACUAAUCAAGAGACUUGUAAGCAAAGCCUAAGCGAGAAAACAAGCCUCAACAAAGACGGAAUCACGAUAGAUUCCAUCGCAAGAAACCUAACCGGUUUACUCACCAAAUCGCUAGGCGUGUUCGUUUCCACGUCUAGACCUGAAACUGUUGGCCGUAAACUACUGUCCGGUCAAGAUUUUCCGACGUGGGUUUCUUCCUCGGACCGGAGGCUUUUAGAGGCUUCGGUGGAAGAGCUGAGACCUCACGCGGUGGUGGCCGCAGACGGGAGUGGGACACACAUGAGCGUAGCGGAAGCGUUGGCGUCUUUGGAGAAGGGGAGUAGUGGCAGAAGCGUAAUUCAUUUAACAGCUGGAACGUAUAAAGAGAAUCUCAAUAUUCCGAGCAAACAGAAGAACGUCAUGCUUGUUGGUGACGGAAAGGGUAAAACAGUAGUUGUCGGAAGCAGAAGUAACCGAGGCGGUUAUAAUACUUACCAAACCGCCACUGUCGCCGCAAUGGGAGACGGAUUCAUAGCUCGAGACAUAACAUUCGUGAACAGCGCCGGCCCCAACGCGGAGCAAGCAGUAGCAUUACGGGUCGGGUCAGAUAGGUCCGUCGUAUACCGAUGCUCCAUAGACGGUUACCAAGACACACUCUACACUCUCUCCAAACGACAGUUCUAUCGAGAAACCGACAUAACCGGCACCGUAGACUUCAUCUUCGGAAACUCAGCCGUCGUGUUCCAAAGCUGCAACAUUGUAUCCCGAAAAGGCUCAUCCGAUGAGAACUACGUCACGGCCCAAGGACGAACCGACCCGAAUCAGAAUACCGGGAUUUCGAUUCAUAAUUGCAGGAUAACCGGUUCGACCGGGACUUAUUUGGGUCGACCGUGGAAAGAGUAUUCGAGGACCGUUGUGAUGCAAUCGUUUUUGGACGGUUCGGUUCAUCCUUCGGGUUGGUCUCCUUGGUCGAGUAGUAGUGCUUUGAAGAGUUUGUUUUAUGGAGAGUUUGGUAACUCGGGUCCUGGGUCAUCGGUUUCGGGUCGGGUGGAUUGGCCUGGGUAUCACCCGGCGUUGACGUUGACUGAAGCUCAAGGGUUUACUGUUUCGGGUUUUAUUGACGGAAAUUCAUGGUUGCCGUCAACCGGUGUCGUUUUCGACUCUGGGCUUUUAUAA